ACUGUGCUGAGGGGACGUGCUGCUGUUGAAAGGAAACCAAUCACAGAGCUUAUGAUGCAGAGUGACAGACAAGCCGGCGAAUAGAGUUGGGGAGUGGGCGGGUUUGUGGGUUGCAGUGUUGGGAGCCGGUGUGAGAGGCUCAGAAGAGUCGUUGGAGCAGAUCCAGCCCCCCCCUCCCCUGAAUGAGGGGCCCAUGUCUGUGUGUACCCGCCUGUGGCUUGUGAGAAGUGCCCUUCGCUUAAGGACAAUACGGCAGCACUUAGCCAUGACUUCCACUAGUCCCUGUCUGGCUACUAAUGUGCCACCUGUGACUGCCGGGAUUAUCAUCAUCGGAGACGAGAUUCUAAAGGGCCACACGCAGGACACAAACUCAUUCUUUAUGUGCAAGAAUCUCCGUUCCAUUGGGGUUCAAGUCAAUAAGAUCUCGGUGAUCCCGGAUGACAUUGACAUCAUUGCCGGCGAGAUAGCAGAUUUCUCUUCCCGUUACACCUAUGUACUAACGUCGGGGGGCAUCGGCCCGACUCAUGAUGAUGUCACAUUCGAGGGGGUGGCCAAGGCAUUUGGAGAGAAGACCUUCCCUCACCCGGAGCUGGUGUCUCUGGUGCAGACAUUUUUUGGCAAGUCGGAGUCGUGGUGCCCGGAGAUGAAGUUGGCUCAGAUCCCCGUGUCCUCCAGACUCAAUUACGGCACAGACAAGAGGACCGGCGACUGCUUUAAAUACCCGCUGGUCAGCGUUGGGAAUGUCUACGUUUUCCCCGGCAUCCCGUCCCUAUUGGAGAAGUCUCUGGAGGGGUUGGACCACCUCUUCCGUAAUGACAAGACUCACUUCCACUACCGGGAGAUCUGCGUCAGUGCCGAUGAGGUGGCCAUUGCCGGGGUGCUGGGAGAGGUCAAUGGGCGAUUCAGGAAACACGUGAGUCUCGGCUCAUACCCCGACUGGAGCAACAACUACUUCCGGGUGCUGCUGGUGCUGGACUCCCAUUCCGAGGCACAUCUGGAGGAAGCUCACAAGUUCUUGAUAGAACAUCUGCCCCCCGGGGUGGUGGUGCCUUUUGUGAAAGACCCAGUGACACAGGCUGCAGCCCAAGUUUAUCAGCUUGCCCACUCAGGCUCCCCCCUGGGGGACAAGGUGGCUGCAGCACUGAAGACACUGGAGGAGGCGCUGGACACUUACAGCCUAGAGAAGAUCUGUGUGGCCUUUAAUGGGGGCAAAGACUGCACGGCCCUCCUGCACCUGUUUCACGCCACUGUACAAAGGAAAUUCCCGGAUCAGAAGGACAAACUGCAGGCUCUGUACAUCCGAAUCGUGUCCCCCUUCCCAGAGAUGGAGCAGUUCAUGCAGAGUACGACCAAACGGUACAAUCUCCAGAUCUACACUAUACAAGGAUAUAUCAAACAGGCCCUUGUGGAGCUGAAAGUAGAACAACCCAACCUGGAAGCAGUUCUGAUGGGCACCAGGCGCUCCGACCCCUAUUCACGGACACUCACCCCCAUGUGCCUGACAGACCCCGACUGGCCAAAGUACAUGAGAGUCAACCCCCUGCUGGACUGGUCAUACCGGGACAUCUGGGACUUCCUGCGGACGCUCUUCAUUCCCUACUGUAUUCUCUAUGAUAAAGGGUACACCUCUCUGGGCAGCAUGGAGAACACCGUGAAGAACCCGGCCCUACGAUUUACCACCCCAGCCGGCGCUGAGAGCUACCAUCCCGCCUACAAACUGCAAAAUGAGGAGGAGGAGCGCGUCUCCAGGAAGUAAUUUGUCUUAUGACAUCAUUGUCGCCCCCAUGUCACUAAAUGGUUCCCUCCUUCUAACUCACCUGCCAGUCAGUGUUUGUGGGGGCGUCUGCCAAUCAGAUUUGAGCUUUAAAGUGCCUGUAACUCAAGAGGAAAGCGCCACCCCAAUGGCAACAGCUCAGUGGUCUUCUGCGGGGUCUCCGUCCCUCGUCCGUCCUUCUGAUGUGUCCGUGAGUCUGCUGUCAGUCUAACUUGUUGUACGACGCUGUAUUUUAGUGGAAUGUAUAUAUUUUAUAAAGGGGGUGUUACUAUUGUGACUGGCACUGCUCUACCCUGUGUCUUAAUAAAUUGUGUGCCAUGCUCCAUGUGUGUGUGCUACUCAUUCCCUCCACCCCUAUUUGUCUCUGUACCCCAACUAUCUGACCUGUUCUCUCUUGCCAGUCUACAGAUACCCCUAAGCCAAGAUGUGGAGUAGACACCUGUGCUGAUUUGGGUGCCACCCCUCGUGGGCACAGCAGCUGUUGGGGAGGAAUUGGGGUACAGGGAAAUGAGUGUGUGUAGGGGGAGGGGGUGCUGUGAGUGGCUAGAGACCUGUCGAACAUAAGGGGUACUGAUCGAGUAGUACUUACUAGUCUCCUAUAAUCCUGCCCAUUAUUCUGGAAGUGACGGAGGACAAUGGCUCCUGCAGAUCGUCUGUCUCAGCAGUUCUACCUCUCACUGUAUCAGCACAAUCCCACUCCAGGUCAGCUGACUGCACCCCCCCAGCCGGGGAAAGCUGUGCUGAGCCAAAACUAUGGGGAGUGAGUAAAGUGCAGCACAUUCAGGCCUGUUCCACUGGCUUCUCCCUCCUCCCAUCCCAGGCCUCGUGCCCCUGUGUGACAGCUGAUAUAUUGCCCCCCCUCCAGCUCCGCACACCCACAUUAUGAUUCCACUGGAACGGUACCGCUCUCUCCUGGCUUCCCUGUUCCACUCAGACCCACGUCGCCCUAUAGUUCCACAAGCACCCCUCAAUGUGGGACAUGCCCUGCGCAACAUGACGCUGCCAUUCUCCCGCUACAAGAGCGCCAUGGGAAUGAAUUUGGGUUACUCCUUCCUGAAGACCCUGAAGGAAUGUAUCUACUUCCUGCUGUGCUGCUGGUGCAUCAAGGAACUGAUGGACUAGACAGGGGCCCACCAUGUGCCGGAGGGACCCACCAUGUGCCGGAGGGACGCCUUGUCUUGUGUGCGCUGCUGCUCUUGCCAGUCAUUAUGUGGAUGAUGCUGCCGGACCCCUUCAGCUAAGUGAUGUGGCACGUGGAACUGUAUCCUAUAGAUAAUUAGUAGAUAGUGCUGGUUGCUACCAAGUGAGGCUGUUGUGUAGUAAAGAAGAAAUGAAUGAGCACAUCAGAUCCAAGUGUCCUGCUGAUAGAGGCGCCACGAUGCAGCCCCAGGAUAUUGAUUACAGCAACCUCUCUGCUUCUCAUUGGUCCCUAGUAGAAUAGACUGAUGCCCCCCCUGCUGGAAGGCGGUGGAAUUUUGAAAUAAAGGAAUUAUUCUCCUUA